CUUUCGAUUCUUCAGUGUCUCUUACAGCUGUCAACUGUCUUGGGUUGAGUGCCACCGAACCUAAAAGCUGUUUCGUGCACACCACAUAAACUUAGGUAAGCAGCCUUUGUUAUGUAGUACACACCUGAGGCAAUUAGAGGGACCCUACGGUUGUCAACUCUCUGGGACGCGUCUAUGUAAAGCUGCAUACAACAGUCAAAAACUGUAAAGUUCAGCCUAGACAAUAGGGACAAUCCUUAGGAAACCCCAAAACAUAACCAUUGCUGUAUCACUUCGUAAUUCUUGUUUACCCUAUCAAAAAAUUUCACAACAGGUCGCAGUAUUAGUUUGACCGCAAGCAUAAAAUCCACUUCUACAUUUAACCUCAAUUUCCCUCAUUGGUUAUAGGAGGGGUAGCUGCAGUUGCGAAAAAUUCAUAUGCAUCCUAAAUUGAAAAAAUUACGUAGAAACACUGCAAUUCAGGAGAAUUAUAAAGACGAUUCCGUGAUUUCUAGGAAGGGCAUAGGAAACUUUAAAUAAUAAGUUAUCACUAACACGCCAAGCUCCAAUACCAGAAACACCGUCUCAAAACAUUUUUCAUUCUCCUAUUUGCGGACGCUAUCACAAUUCAAACUCGUUUCAGUGUGAAUCAAAAGAUUGCACUGUUUACUUCUAAUGCCUUUCACGUUACUUUAUUUACACUUUCGUAAUUGGCAUCACUGUCUGCGUCUAAAAGCAAGUUGGUAUCGUAGAUUGUCAAAUAUGGCGCAGUAUUUUCCACUACACAUUUGGUUUGCCAAUAAUCACGUAGUCUGUCCGUCUACGGGGAAACUGUGGAACAUAAGUGAACAAAUGCGUGGACAUAGUAUAUAACUUACAUUACUACAGUUAAUAUUACUUCUUAUCACUCCUGCUCAUGACAAAGCUCCAUUGCGCAGGCUUGACGUGAACUUCGAUCGCCAUCUUACAAUUCUCGUCAACUACGCCCUCACACGUAAACUUUGGAGUUACAGGCUAAUUGGAUGGUGAAACAUGAGUGAUAAGAGAAAAAAAUAUGGACUUGCUUCGGCCUCUGCACUUACCGCUGUGCAGAUCAAAAUGGAAGGCCAAGAAAAUCCUGAAACCAUAUCGGAUAUACAGAAUUACCUGGAAACAUUCAAUAAAGAAAUCCAAGGAGGAGAACAAACUGUUCAACAUGUUACAGCUGAAGUGGUUACCACUGAAGAAAAUCCUGAGGAGGGAACUUAUUUUGUGGACCAGUCAGGUCAUUACUAUUAUCAAGCAAAUGGCGAUCAGCAGCCAGUUAUGACAGUUGUAUCAGAGACAUCAGCAGAAGUAACAGAUGGGGCUUCAGAAGCAACAUAUGUAACUAUGCCUCAGGAGAGUACUCAUGUUGAAGAAACCAUUACAGGGUUGGAGUCAUCUCAGGAGGCUGUGACUACCAAUGGAGCUGAUACUAGUAUGAUUCUAAACACAACAGAUACAUAUCAGACAGUCACAAUAGUACCAUCAGAUACAAAUCCAGGAGAGGUCUCAUAUGUUCUCAUUGUGCAGCAACCUGAUGAAAAGGAUGACAAAACUGAUGACCAAGAUCUUACUGUCUAUGACUUUGACGAAGGUGAAGAAGGUGGGAUUGCAAUGGAGUCAGGUGAUGAAGACGACAAAACUAAGAUAAUUAAAAUCUUGCCCAAGAAGUCACAGACUGUAACACAAGCUCAUAUGUGUAAUUAUUGCAAUUACACAAGCCCGAAAAGAUACUUACUUUCCCGCCACAUGAAGUCACACUCUGAGGAACGGCCACACAAGUGCAGUGUUUGUGAAAGAGGAUUCAAAACUUUAGCAUCUCUUCAGAACCAUGUCAAUACACAUACUGGCACUAAGCCUCACCGUUGUAAAUUUUGUGACAGUGCUUUUACAACAUCAGGUGAACUUGUAAGACACGUUCGGUACAGACACACUCACGAGAAACCCCACAAAUGUUCGAUUUGUGACUAUGCCAGUGUGGAACUCAGCAAAAUGAGGAAUCACAUGAGAUGCCAUACUGGCGAAAGACCUUAUCAGUGUCCACAUUGUACAUAUGCAAGUCCUGACACAUUCAAACUAAAGAGGCAUCUCAGAAUUCACACAGGAGAAAAACCAUAUGAAUGUGAUAUAUGCCAUGCGCGAUUUACUCAGUCAAAUAGCUUAAAAGCCCAUAAACUUAUUCACAGUGCUGGUGAUAAACCAGUGUUCCAGUGCGAAUUAUGCCCUACUACAUGUGGACGGAAGACAGACCUACGCAUCCAUGUACAGAAACUUCACACUUCAGAUAAGCCACUCAAGUGCAAACGGUGUGGGAAAUCGUUUCCAGAUAGGUACACGUACAAGAUUCACAAUAAAUCGCACGAGGGAGAGAAGUGCUUCAAAUGUGAUCUUUGUCCAUAUGCAUCUAUCUCUCAUCGACAUUUGGAGUCCCACAUGCUUAUACAUACAGAUCAGAAGCCUUACCAGUGUGAUCAGUGUGAUCAAAAUGGGGAAAAAAUUAAUUUGUGUUUGCAGUCAUUUCGGCAGAAGCAGCUUCUGAGGCGACAUCAGAAUCUCUAUCACAACCCUAACUAUGUUCCUCCACCUCCACGGGAAAAAACGCAUGAAUGUCCAGAAUGUGGCCGACCUUUCAGGCACAAAGGGAAUCUCAUACGACACAUGGCAGUACACGAUCCUGAGUCUUCAGCGCAAGAAAAAGCUCUUGCUCUCAAACUCGGACGUCAAAAGAAAAUCCAGAUCAUUGAUGGUCAGCAGGUUGAAGUAAUGGCUGGUGAGGAUGAGGAUGAAGAUGAUGAAGAUAGUGAAUCAGAAAUGAUGGCAGUUGAAGGACAAGAUGGGCAGCAAUAUGUUGUUCUCGAAGUAAUACAGUUACAGGAUGGUGAUGGAGAUGACCAAACAGUUGCUGUAGUAACUGGAGAUCCCAACCAUAUUCAGGGCCAUAACGUUGGUAUCCACACAGGGGACAGUGAUGACGAAGGCAUACUGAGUACUCAGCACAUAGCAACUGAGUCCAGUCUGACAGAUGAUGAAGAUGUCAUACACACACUCCAGGGAAGCAGAAAAUUGUCGAGAAAAGAUGCCCUUGCCAUUAGGAAACGAAUUGAAAGUGAAAAGGAUGUACAAACAUGUUUUGGUUUUGAUGACGAGCCAGACGGUGAUGAUGAUGACGAUGAUAAUACCAAGACAACGAUUCAGCUUCUGGAAGCAAUACGUCAGUAAAUUGUGAUACGUUAUUUAUAUACAUAUAUAUGACUGUGCAUUAUAAUCAGCACAAUCUGACACUUUACUGUGCAGAAGGUGGCUGUUUGAUGAAACACAUUCCCAAAGAAUGUCAGAACAAUAAGCAGCAGAAGCUGCUGUUUGACUUCUGUGGUUAAUUGGACAUUUCUGAACAGUGGAUCCGCCCUUUAAUGUAAAUAGUGUAGUUGCCAUGUACAUAUUAAUGUUCAGAGUGUCAAUUCUAGCAUUCUAUUGUGACUAUAGCUUUUUUUUAAAUAUUCGAAUGGAUAUAAUGUACAAAUAUCAAAUGUUUAAAACAUUUGUAAAUCGGACAGAAUUUUCUACAGCAUGUUCUGGUUUAUCCAGACUGUGCAAUAGCAGUUCUCUAUGAGAAAUACUACUAAUGUUAUAACAGCAUACUUGCAGAAGUACUUGUUAUGUGUAUAGUCUUAGUGAGUUAUCAGCUGCAUGAAUUGUGAAUGUCAUAGUUUUCUUUAUUUAUACAUUUUUGUCACAGACAAUGACAUAUUUAAAAUCUGCCAGUGCUUGUUUUGCUCUUUUUCACAUCCAGAAGUAAUAUGUUCUGUAAUGAGAAAGAAAGAAUGGGCUGUGAGUCACUUUCAUCAAGAAACUGGAAAUAAUUUUAUUUCCUAAAACUGCAUAAACAUAUUAAUUGCUUCAAUUUUUAAGUGCAAAGAUGUUUGUUUGUAUGUUCAGUUAAUGGUAAUUUUUACCAUGUAAAAAGUUACUCUUUUUUCUGUGAUUAUUUCACUUUAUUUUGUAUAACUGCAACAACUCUUGUGCAUAUUCUCAUCAUUGUGGUACGUAAAUGUUAUGCAUAAGUUUGUCAAAGAAAGACCAUCAGAUGUAAUUUUUUUAAAGAUAAAUCAAUCUUUUGACUGCCAUCAGUACCAAAGCUCCGUAGUUUGCAGUAUGAAAGGUGUAAAAUAUUUUCAUGUCAUAAAUAUGUUCCAAGUAAGAUAGGGACUACCUCCCAGGCAUCAAUGGACACACUAUGCAAAAGCUGUUCAAAUUUUGAACAGAAACACUACUUAACAUAUAAGAGUUGUGUGUGUGUGUGUGUGUGUGUGUGUGUGUGUGUGUGUUUGUUUGAGAGGGGGCGAAGAGGUACAGAAGAAAUUAUUCUAAAAGGAGUAUGGAAAUGUUUGUGAUCCUAUAUUCAAAUAAAAAGCAUGAAAAUGGCUGAAGAUUCUGUAAUAUGUAAUGCAAAAUGUGAAGAUUUUGUCAUGAUGUUUCUACUCUAAAUGGAAGUAAAUUAGCUAUGUUUGAAGGAACAUGUAUGUAAAUUAUUGUGAAAUUAAGAAUCAAAAGAUAAAUAUUGAUCUGUUUUGUGAAGACACUGUGAUAAAUUAAUUACACUCUUACCAUAUCAUGAUAUUGUACACUUUCAGAUAUUUUCUUUCAUUAAUCUUGAUGGCUGCCAAAAUAUUGACCAGUUUUAACUUGUCAUUUAACCUUACACCUUUCAUAUGUAUUGUAAUGCGUCUUUUGUUUCUGAUAGAUCACACGAUUUCUGUAAAUGUACCUGUUUCGUCUUUGUGGAGAUAUUUGUUAUGAUGAUCACAUCUGUUGCAGCGAUGAGAGAAAUAUGCAGUAUUUUGGGGAAAAAUACAAAAUAUAAUAAGAAAAAUGCUCAUUCUCUGACUCCGAAUAAAUUGUUUCAUUGUUUUAAGAAUA